AGUCAGAAAGUAUCUGAGGCACAUUCAGCUGACCAUUGCAAGAACAUGGAGAUGAUAUCUGCCAGUAAGGUUAUCCUGUUUUACCUGAGCUCUUAUGCCAUCUUUUUUAUAUCCUCUAUCUGUUCUGCAGAGAACACUGGAAAUAGUCUGGAAAACCAAGAUGAUGACUUACUAGAGCCCACAGAUGAUUUCCAAAAUCAAAGAACAAUUAACUCUGAGGAACUCCAAUAUUGGAAGUCAAAUAUCCAAAAUGAAAUAGGUUCCCUUUUAGCACACAAGUAUAACAAUCUACCACUACAGAGUGAGAGGCUAGUUUUAGAAGAGAGGGGUAAUAAACCUGCCGCUAAUCUACCUCUGCGAUUUGGAAGAGGUUCUGAAGACAAUAUAGCAAGAAGCAUCCCAAACCUACCACAGCGAUUUGGAAGAUAUGUUCCUGCCAGGGCUAAUAUUCAGUCUUUAGCCAAUUUGCCUCAGAGGUUUGGCAGAUCAAGUCAAGGUGGACGUUACCCACAGUCUCUUGCCAACCUACCGCAGAGGUUUGGAAGAGAAACACCCCAACAAAGAUUACAAUAUGGAAUGAAGCCUUAUCUACAAGACGUAAAAAACCCUGAAGAUGACAGGCUACAGAGUUUGAGCUACAGUUAUAAGAAAAAAAUGCAGAUCUAACCAGAAACCUGUGUGAGCUGAAGAUACUCCAUUCGGAAGAUUUCCCAUUACUAGAGGGAGAAUCUUACUGAACAGAAACCAACAUUAAACAUUCUCACAUACUAUUCUCACCCUGCUGUGAAUCGACUUACAUCUUAUACCUUCACGUUCAAAGCCGUCUCUGUAAAGUUCUCUAAUCUUGACAUCCUGACAUGUGUAUACAUUCUGUGUGCAGCAAUAUAAUAUCAUUAGUUACAUUACAAUACAAAAUAUUAAAAAAGCUGCAUUUGCACUUGAGUUGUAAAUAAAAUAAACAAUUGAAACAA